AUGAGCACACAAUUAUCCCAACCUCAAGAAAAAACACAACAAACUGCAACCUCUAACAUUUAUCAACCACCCACAGUCAGUAAUCAAGAAACAGAGAAUACAUCAGGAUUUUGCAAAGUAUUUAAUCCAAGUAAUCAAACUUCCACUCUCAAUCAUGAAACUACUUGGUUAAUGCCUGCAACCUUCCUCUCAAUUAUACCCACAACUGAGCAGCACGAGAAGGAAGUUAUCAAACAACUCUUACUCAAAUUCAAAGAUGAACACGAUGUGCAACAUGAAAUCACUCAACGAGCUUGUCAUGAAAAGAGCAAUCUUGAAUUGGGAAUCAAGAAGGGAGAGGGAAGAUUUUGUGAUCAGGAAUUCGAUAACUUUCAAAUAAUUGUCUAUUAUUACAACCAUGAACAGUGUUGGUAUGUGGUUGGUGUUAAGAUUGUUAAUAAGGAUCCACAACAUUCCAAGAUUGAAGCUAUUGAUCUAAUUGAGUGUCGAUCUGCAAUUCCAACUCCAAGUUAUUCAGAAUGUGGAGGAAGUAUAACUUCUCCAACCAAAGGAGCAACAAGACAAUUCGAAACUGAAUACGAAUAUUCAAUUCAUAUGGUUGUCAAUAAGAGUUUAUAUCAACUCAUUGUCAGUGGCUUGGGACUUGUUCAUUUUGAAAAGAUUUCCUCACUUGAACAAGUAGCAAAUUAA